UUACAAUUAAUUCAUAAAAAGAUCAUAUUUUAUUUAUCUUCCUUCUAUUUUCGUAUUCUUAAAAAGUCUUUGAAUGACAAAAUAAUCAAAAUUAUUUCUCUUACCUGUUACGAACGCACCAUGGGUCGACAAAGUUCGCCGUGGUUGUGUGGUGUGGUCGUGUGGGUGAGGGAUUAAGAGGGACUCCAACAUAAUGACCAAGACAUGCUGACUGAAAAGGAAACUGUCUCCCUUUUCUCACCUUGGUCAGCCUGCUCUGGCCUCAAACAGAGCAACAAUGACUUCCUCGGAGUAUGUCAGCCAAAUGGACGUCUGGAGGACGCCCUGAGCAGCCUGAACGUGCCGUCGGGCAGCGGCAAUGACCUGCGGCUGUGGAACCUGGCCGAGGACAAUCAGCAGUUCAACGACCGGCUCUCCCAGGAUGAGGGCAGGUCGUGGAGCUGCGGCUGGGAGCAACUCAGCUCGGGCUCCUCGUCCGGUGGCGCGCACUCGAUCGACGCCGACUUCCUCUCCACCAUCAGUACAAAUGGCGACGAGCUAUCAGAGCUGGGCCUGGAGAGUCUGAACCAGCAGCUGACCAGGGCGGAUCUGGGUGGCGCCGGCGAUGUCGGGUCGUUCGACUCGGACCCGCUCGGGCUGCUCAACAACGUCAAGACGUUCAACCAGUCGGGAAUGGAGACCCGCUCGGGCGUGUUCCCGUUCCCGGCGUCCUCCCGGCGCGGGGGUGAGCAGCCGGCCGGCGGCCUGUCGACGCUGGCCGCCCCCAAAGACGCGGUGGCCGCCACCGGCUACGGCACCGGCGUCAGCUCCUCCUUCGGCCUGAUGGACAACUUCCGACGCGAGCCGACAGUGUCGACGGCCUACAUCCCGACGUGCUCUGGCACGAGCAGCACGCUGCUGCCGGGUGUCACUGACAAUGAACUGCAGUUGGCCGCCCUGCUGGAGGCCUGCAACGCCGACCAGCUCAACCACAACACCGCGCCGCCGCAGAGCUUCUUCGGUCUGGGCGGACUGGACGAGCGCGCCGCGCCGCCGCCCGGCCCGGGACCGCCGCCGCCGCCGCCGGCCGGCACCGGCCCCGCACAGAGCGGCAAGUUCCUGUCGGACGCGCUGUCUUCACGGCGCUGCUCGGCUGUGGAGCUGGACCUGCGCCGUCCCGGCUCACGCGCCGGGCCCGGGCCCUUCCCCGGGGCGCGGCCGCCGGCGCCGCCACACGACGAUCUGUUCGGGCCUCCGAUGUGCGGCCAGCCGGGGAUGCCGCCGCCGCCGCCCCCUCCGCCGCCGCCGUUCGGGCCCGACAUGCCGCCGCUGCACGAGCUUCCGCCUCACGCCGGCUUCUUCCCCGGAGUGCCGCAUCCGUUCUUCGGGUUCCGGCCGAUCCGCCGCAGUGGCCCCUCGAACGAGCUGCAUAUCCGCCUGGAGGAGUGCUACGACCAGUUCAAACAGCUGGAGAAGGAGCGCAAGAAGAUGGAGGCCGAGCUGGCGCGCCAGUUCCCCGGGAAGAAGGUGUCGUCGGCCAACAACAUCCCCAUCCCGCGCCUGCCCACCAACCCGUCGCGCGUGGACCGGCUCAUCGUGGACCACCGCCGCGAACACGCCAGGGUGAUCACUCUUGUGGCCAAGACUGAGCGGCUGCGCAACAAGCGCAUGCACCGCAGCAUCCACAGCACGCUGGAGCAGAUGCUGGAGGUCAUCAAACGCGUCCAGGCCUGCCGCGGAGAGGAGAUCGUCAACGCGCAGAACCGCGCGCGCGCCGGCAACCCGGCCAACACGCGCAUCCAGGAGGACAAGGACAUUCUGAAGCUGGCGGCGGCGAUCCAGGAGCUGACGCGCUGCUCACGCCGCACGCGCACGGCCAUCUGGUGCGCGCUGGUGCUGACCACGCACUUCUCGCUGAACCCGGAGCUGGCCGGCGCCGAGGACGUGUCGGCCGAGACGCUGCUGCUGCCGCUGGUGGCUGCCGGCACCGGCGGGGAGCCCGGAGACGAGCCAGCCGCCGCCGCCGCUGCCGCUGCCUCCAACUGAGAGUCGGUAUCGUUUAACCUCAGCCUAUCUCAUCAUCGGACCAACGUAAUUAGCCCUUGCGCCGCGCGGUGGCGCUGCCGCUCUUCGUCGUGAUCGAUGGCUGUUGGCCGUCGGCUGGGCGGCCGCGCCGGCGCCUCGAGGUGGGUCGCGCGCGCCUCCGCUUCCUCUCAAUCUAUGCACCUCAGGUUCAGCGUCGGUCCAAGUCCAGUGUUCGCUCUCUGGUGUGUAGCUAGCGAUCCAGUGAUCUGCGCAGAGGUAUUAAUGUUUGAUACACUACGGAGCUUAGACUUGUACUUACGCCUUUCAUGAUAGCUCAUGCCAAUUCGCCGUAAACCGCUGGGUAGCUGGUAGGUUUGGCUUUCGCGUCGCUCGCCCGUGGCCUCGGGCCAGCGUUAUAGCAUUUGAUUAGUGGCAAGCGCCUCUCCAGCGUUCAGUCCAAGGUAUGUAGUCGACGUUUCGCUGCCAAAGUUUGUGCAAUUAGUGAUGUACCACCGGCUUUGGGCCUGUUACGACGGGGUUCUCCCGCUCUCAUCCUAUUCGUGUGAUAUAGAUUGACCAUAAGGAGGCGCGACGGUCUCACGGACGCCACGCAGAUAGCCGAGAUAUUAAACCGUGGGUAGCUACAGUCAAAUGUUCUAAUACUUGCCUUUCUGUAGGAUGUGCAAUUGAAUCUCUAGUGCCACCACCUCAGCGCGCCUUGAGCCCACCCUGCCGUGUAGACUUCCGUGAGGUGUUGGGAUGGGACCGCUGGAUGUUUCGGGCGUGCCGGCGGCCGGCGGAUCACUGCGCCCGGCCGCCGGCCGCCCUCUGUCAAAGACUGGCACUCAGGUUUUGUACGGUCCGGUGCUGGGCGGCUGGCCCGCAGUGCCAGUUCUCCCCCGCCUGUUUUGUACACAGUGUGCGUGUGUAUGUGUGUUGGGUGUGUGGGUACACGGUAGGCCUCCGGUCGGCGCGCGGGCGGGGACGGCGGACCGGCCGAGUGUGCGCUGCCGCCGCCCCCGGCCGCGCCACUCUCGUAGCUUCGUAGCUAGGGUUCUCAGCGGUGUUUCUCACUUGAGCUUAGUCAAAAGAGUCGGUCCGAAGAGGCGUGCUGCGCUCAGCGUGCCCUGUCGCUGGCAGUGGCGCGGCCCUGACAGAGCUCUGGAUGUUCCUGGGUGCGAGAGCGUGCGGUGUGACUGUCCCUGCCUUCUCCCGGCUGUGCGGCGCGCGGGCCCGGCGACUCGCGGCCGGCGCCGCCCCCGGCUGCUUGUGCUCAGACGGAGACGCUGUAGGCGCGGUGCGUGAAACAUUUCCAGGGAUUCGGGCGACCCGGUCCGGCUACUCACAGCAGCAGGCAGGCGCGCGGCGAAAUUCGCCGUGCAUCACCGGUGUUGGCGGCCGCGCGGCCCACUAGUUAGCUAUGCGCGGGAUACGUGUGCUGUUUUCGGGCUUGGUUUGCCGUGGUAUGUGUAGCUAGCACAAACAGGGUAGGGUCGGUAGUGCGCGACGAUAGAUAAGACAGAGGCAGCCCCGACCGGCGUGCGCGGUUAUAUUGUCCUUGAAGCCGUCCUCGGGAUCUUCAAUCAGCUCAAAUUUCACGAUGUGACUGCGGUUUUAGCGGGCGGGCGCUGGCAGUUUGGCGGCCCGCCCAGUCGUAAUGUGUACAUAGGUGUGUGGAUUGCCGCCGAGAGCACCUUUCCUCUUUUCUACCAGUCAGCUUUAACGGUGCAUGGCUCUCCGUCUGGUGACCGUCGUCGCGGUCGGGCCGGCCGUUCCGCGCGGCCGCUGCCGGGGGCGCGCUCGGUCUCUGUGUGUGUGCUGGUUUGUGAUAAAUUUCGGCGGCGGCGGCGGCCGGCCACCGUCAGGUGCCCGCGCCGCCGUCCGGCCUCAGUCUGCUAGACGCGCAAUAAGGAGCAUUAUUAGCGUCCGCCGCCACCGGCCCGGCCGCGCGGUGUAGAGUACUCGGGUAGUCGUGUUCGCCGCUCUCAUAUCAUUUGCCUUUCCACUGGAUGGAGCUGUGACGUAGUCGUUGUGUAUACCCUUUAGAGCGCGGCGGGCGCGGCCGCUGGUUGUGAGCAAACGUAAUCUCUGUGCGCUGUGAGCCCGGGGGUCGCCGGCGGCGCGCGACGGUCACAUGCACACACACACACACACACAUGCACGCCGGCAGACGGAGGACGGCGCUGGCUCGUGCGCGCGCGGACACGCCACUCCAGGAGAGCUGUCAAUAAUGGAGAGUGACGCCGGCGCUGGCGUGUGAUGUCUAAUCGAGAGGCUUGCCUGGCUGCCGAGGGCGCGGGCGCAAUGGUCAGUGUACGGGCCCGGCACCAGUGCCACUUUUAACACAACGUUUACCAUAAUGUUGAAAUCGGCGCAUAACGAGGUAAUAAUAACCGAUGCGUAUAUGAAGACACGCGGCACUUGCCAAUUGAUUUCAAGGUGCGAUCUUGAAUCAACUCUUACAAAGUGUAGAAUUAUAGUUUCGUUAAGGAAGCUCUGCCUGACUGAGUCCGAAAUUAUGGUAUUUGUUGGCGGUUUGUUUGGUUUCCGCGCUCCAAUGAGUUGGCGCCCGGUUGGUGUUGUUAAUUUUCGGAUGGCUUUAGACGGCUGGCCGGCGGACGGGCGGCGGGCGCCGCCGCUGCUGCCUCUGCGGGGCGCGGCGCCCGGCCGCCCGUGCCCGGUCGGGCCCGUUGUGUUCCUCAGCGAGUGCUGUGUUGGGUGUUCCUCUGUCCCCGCCUGUGUCUGUCGUUCGGUCGGGGCCAGCGCUCCCGCUAGAGUCGCGUUUUAGCCAUUUUGUAUGUAUUGGCAGUUAGCAGGACCACUAAUUGCGCAAUGUUAAAGUUUUCUUUAAAUGUAAUAAACGAUAUAUUCGUCAGAAAA